UAGUGAGUUCGUGAGCGUUUUUGCAUCAAUUUUUUUUCCUCAAUCUAAUACGACUUCAUAUUUUUAAAGAUUUGUAUAAAAUUUCAAAGCUGAAUGAAUAUUACAACAUUUUUAUAACAAUUUAAAAGUGCUGACAUCAAACGAUGGUUAUUCUCUUUUCAGAAAAUAAUCAAAAGUAGCGCGGUGGCGGGUUGUGAGCACGGCGCGGGAGGCGCAGGGUCGGGUGGCGGCCGACCGGCGGCAGACACUAUUCGCCGCGUUAAGGUGAAGAUGUCAUCAGUGUCGGCGCAGGGCGUCGUGGAGCGCGCCUCCGCAGAACUGUCGCGUCGCAUCACGGGCCUGGGGCUGCGCGGUCGCAAGCGAUCCCCCGGUGUAGUAGAGCGCGUCGCUAACGCUCUGUGCGGGCCAGCGACAGCCGCAGCAGCCGCGCCCAGGGUACCGCGUCGCCGCAGACCCUCACCCAGGCCUCUAUCUUGGAAUCAAUUUGUAUUAGAAGAAAGAUUUUUGGAAAAGUUUUUUCUAUAUUUCAAUGCCAAUGACAGAAGAUCACUAGCACAAGUGUGCACGAGAUGGCGUGAUAUACUGUACUCCUCGCCUCGCUGGUGGACUGGUCUCGUCGCAGUCCUCGACUGCCGGGAGUUGCGCUCAGCUACAGGGUGUUGUAUGCAGAGGUUCUACAAUUCUCUAGUCAGAAGGGGUAUUCGUGGAAUAGUAUUAGUUUCAGCUUCUGAUGACGAUAUAAAUGAAUUUAUCAGGCAAUUUCCUUUGUCCGCCCAUCAUAUUCAUGCUAUUGGUUUAAAAGGAUGUACAAUAACUGACAGGGGGUUGGAAGCUGUUCUUGAUCACCUUCAGGUUCUGUUUGAGCUAGAACUAACUGGAUGCAAUGAAAUAACUGAGGCUGGUCUGUGGGCAUGUCUAACUCCACGAAUUGUCUCUCUCACGCUUACUGAUUGCAUUAACAUUGCUGAUGAAGCUGUCGGAGCAGUAGCCCAACUGCUGCCGUCGCUAUACGAGUUUUCUCUGCAAGCCUAUCACGUGACAGACGCUGCUCUAGGGUACUUCUCGCCCAAGCAGAGUGCGUCACUCAGUGUUCUUCGUCUGCACAGCUGUUGGGAGCUAACUAAUCAUGGCGUCGUUAAUAUUGUGCACUCCCUACCGAACCUGACGGUAUUGUCACUGAGCGGGUGCAGCAAGGUGACGGACGAGGGCGUCGAGCUGUUGGCUGAGAAUCUCCCGCGCCUGCGCAGCCUUGACCUCAGCUGGUGCCCACGCGUCACUGACAAUGCACUCGAGUACAUCGCUUGUGAUCUCAAUCAUCUUGAAGAACUUACGUUGGACAGGUGUGUACAUAUAACGGAUAUCGGCGUGGGCUACAUCAGUACGAUGCAGUCCCUAGUGGCACUGUUCCUGCGUUGGUGCUCACAGGUGCGCGACUUCGGAGUCCAGCACCUCUGUGGCAUGCGCUCACUGCAACUCUUGUCUCUAGCUGGAUGUCCACUACUGACAUCGGGUGGUUUGUCAAGCCUGAUACAACUGCGACAGCUCCGUGAGCUCGAGCUGACGAACUGCCCCGGCGCCUCGCCCGAACUCUUCGACUAUCUCCACGAACAUUUACCAAGAUGCCUAAUUAUCGAGUAAGGUACAAUAGUCCUUAUGCUCUUAUACAUAAACCGCAUUUUGUCCGACCCGCGAUACUAAGUACUAUUAAGUACAUAAUUUGAUUUGUUCUUACUUAGCUACACAGUAACUAGUUGUUUGCACCACACGUUAAUGUGCAAUACUUUUUUUAGACAUAUUUACUAAUUCAUUGUUCCCUUUCCAAUUUUGUAAGCACCAUGUAAGUACCUAUUGUUGUUAAAAGAAGUACAUUGAAGAUUCCUAAAUAGAAUAGGAAAUGUGAGGAGUUUUGCAGACUUAUGAAAAUAUGUGGUGUAUUUUUGUUAGUACAAUAUUAACUUAUUCAAUGAUUUUAUAUACAGGCUAUGUGGGUACGUAGAUAGUCGGGUGGUCAAUUCGGGCGUAGAAUAAGAAAUACAUAAAAAUGUCUUCACGCUUCUAGUCCUAGUUUCAAGAAAUUAUUAACUAAUCCCAUCCCACCAAUUCUAUUGACAUGUUCCAAAAAUUAUCAUUUUCGUAAUGAAUUUUGAAUAGUUUAAACCGCUUCUAUGUAGUAUUAUUAUUACACACUUUUCCAUGCACUGUUAAGUUGUGACCUUAACUUUUUUUUAAUACAUUCCCUUAUAGAUUUCGUGGCCUUUACGAUCUAUCUUAUUCCUAAACAAUUGCUCAAGUUGUGUGAUGUCUUGUCGAAUUAUCUAAGGAAACGUAUUUGAUGUCGCUAUUCAUAACUUUGUGACGUACUUUCUCUUUGUCACCAAGUUGGGAUCAAAGAUCGUAAAACCAUUUUUGAUUUACUGAAGCUUUACCGAGAAUAAAGCCUAUUUUUACAAACAAAUUGAUGAGUCUUAAGAUAUUAUUAAAAGUAAUACAAUGACACAAGUGUUUCAAACAGAAACAUUAGUGUUAGGAUUGGGAAGAGUGCUUCACAGAAUAUAUUUCAUUAUUUGUUACAAGUAAUAGGUAUAGUUAAGAAAUCUUAAUUAUGUUCCCGAUUAACUUUUUAAUACCUCUAUGUAGAUACACUACUAUAAUGUUAUAGUACCAAAAUCCAAUGAUUUAAAAAUCCUUAAAAAUGUAAUAUGAAAAUUAUGAAAUUUUAAAUAGUAUAGUAAGGAAAGGUGUUUAUUAGAUAAUUUGUGUGAUUUUAUGUAUAGUGUAAUGAUUUGAAAUCAAAUCACAUGAUUUGGUGAUGUCCAUUAGUUAAAUGUAAUUGAUAGAUUGCUGAUAAGAAUUAACAUUAAUUUUUUAUAUUAUUUUGAGGGCAGUUAUCAGAUAUUUGAUAUUAAUUGUGUAAAUAAAUUACCCGCAAUGCACAUUUAUUAAAAUGAGUAAAUAAAAUACCCCGGUAUUAAUUAUAUCAUAUAUUGAUAUUGUGUCCCUUUUCAUUUCUUGUAAAUACGGAUUACUUGUUAAGUCUGAUUAAUUCAAUUACUUAUUUUCUCUUCUGUGCAUUUUUGUUGUUGUGUGUUUUCAAAACAAUAAUGUAAACUAUUUAUUAUGUCACUUCCAUCUAUCUCUCAAUACUCUAGUCAUUCUUUUUAUAUUUUAAUUCCUUUCUACUUAUUUAUUAACGACACUUAGAAUAAUUAUAGAUUAUAGUUAUUUACAUUAAAAGUGUGAUGUUUUAGGAGAAUAGUGUAGUACAGAAAUACCAUAUAAUCACAUACAAAGUUUAAUAUUUUAACUUUUACUGUUGUUAUAACUAUAUAUUAACAUUUAGGCUGUUAAUUGCAAUUAGCAUACCCUGGCAGUUCAUGUUCAGAUGAAUUUAGAAAUAUGUAUGUAUGACAUUUGAUUCAAUGACAUUGUACUGUAAUGUUUGUUUUUACAUAGUUAUAUUUUAUAAUUAUUUGCAGAGUUGGUGAGAGAAUGUAUCUACACUACUCGUAUACAAAUGUACAUAUUUGUGAAUGUGGUAUUUUUUGUUUUUAUUUUGUAAUGGACAUUGACCGCAGCCCCAGAGUUCUUGAGGUAUCUUUGAAAAUAAAUAAUACACUGCCUCGAUUCCCAACUUUGUAUUGGUUAACUACACGAAUAUUUUACAGACUACAAAGGCAGAUUUUAUAAACAUAUACUAAUUUAGCUGCACUAUUAUCUAUCACUCAUUCAUAAUUUUAUAAAUUGAAAUUAAUAUCUUGGUGACAGUUGUUGUAACGUGCAGCGGUCUUUGUCCGUCAAUCAAAUACAUAGUGAGUUGUACCGAAUAAAUACAGCUAUUUUAAUACCGUCCGAACUAAUAUUAAUGUUUAAUUAUACUAACGCACCGCAAAAGUUGAUUUUCUGUACCUAAAGUAAUAUUAAGUACAGUCAGCAUUAAAUUAUAAUAAUACACAAACUAGCUGACUCUCGCGUAAGCUACUUCUUUGCAACCGUUUUAAACGGUAAAAUAUAUUCGUAUAUUUCUGUAAGCUAUAUUUUAUAUUUUGAAUAAAAGAGAGUUGAAUAUUUUUGCAAGUACUUAAUGCUGAUGGUACUAUAAUUCUGGUACAAAGUGUAAAAGAUAUGAGUGUUUAGUAGAUAAAUCCUACUAUGAUAACAUUUCAACUUCAUUGAGCUUUUUGAACGUUGACUCAUUAAUAAUUGCUUAAAAAUUUUGCGUUUCAUCGUGAUAGAAAGAUAAGGUAUGUAGGAAAAGGGAUUUGUGAGUAGAGUAGUGGAAAUUGUAGCAUAGAGAAGUACUAGUCGGAUACUUGUAAUUGGAAACGAUCUCUAUUUAAAGAAAGUAUUAGGAAGGUAACAGAUCUCCUGAAUGUAGGCUUUAAUUUCUUAAGUUCUUAGUAAGAUACAUAAAGUUUGGGCCCAAGAAACGGCCGUAAUGAGUGCAGCUUACAUUGCAUCUAUGAAAUACGUGAAAUCCAUACCCUGUUUCUUUGGACCUAAUUAGAUGACGGCCUUGAUUUUAUGUAUUCACUGUACCAAUUGUAAGUUAGUAAUUAAUAUUUGAAUUAAGUAUUCCGCAAUGAUUUAUGUCAAAGAAUAGGGGCAAUAUUUUAAAGCAAUUAAUAAAUAAGACAACGUCCAUAGUAAGAAUGGAAUGUUUCAUAUUAUUGUGUAAGUAGGAGUACUAUUGUAAUGAUUUGAAGUUGCCUUCAUUCUUAGUAAUAUAGCACCUACGGCGAUGUUGCUGAAUUUGUCAAUUUUCAUGCAGUAAUAUAAAUAAAAUGAAAGCAAUAAAUUCCUCGACAUGAUAACGUCGUCAUUAUAUUAUACAGGAUGUUUGGAAAAUAUGGUUUUUCAUAGAGCUUCAUAUAUGCCAAGCACGCAAUACGGACAAAAGUAGAGAAUACAACAUUAAACUUGUGACGAAUAAAAAUGAUUGUAUUUAUUUACCAAACAUUCAGUAUUUUGCAAUGAAUAAAAGCGUAUAUAGAUUAUGAAUGUACAUUAAAGUUAGACUAAGGUAAUGUCUAUGUACAUACAUUUAUAAUAGAUGCAGUCGUUAUAGUGUUUGGGUUUACUUGGGAAUAAGUUGAUCAGUCAGUAAGUGACAUUGCUGUAUCUAGUGCAACACAAACUCUGUAGCGUAUAAACUACGAGCUACAGUACAAGUACAGGGAGCACACUCCCUAAAUUCAGGUUUUAAUGUUCAAAUAUUUCUUGUACCUUGAUUUUAAUUAUUUUAUAAAUCAUUCAUUGUGUAAAUCUGUAUGUUGUAUAUAAAAUAAUUAUUAAAGAUGGGUAAUAAGUCUAUUAUAUGGAAUAAUGAAGUUUAAUGUUGUUAAAAGAUCUGACUUCUGCAUUAUAAAAGGUUGUAAUUAAAAUGAUAUGUAUAUUAUGUACAAGCAAUAGAUAAAGGUCUAUUUAACGUAACUCGUAAUGUUAAUGUUUGAAGAGGUGACUUGACUUCUAAUCUUAGCUACUUGAAACUAGUUUACACAAUAGUCUUACAGUGCGCAAUAAUAAUCACUUUGUGUGACUUAAAACGAAUUAUUACUAGUUAAUAUGGUUUAAAAUUUCAACAAAAAUAUAAUAUAGACUAUGUAUAAUUCGAAAUGUUAUAUGCGCACAUGCAAUGCUUCGUGGUAAACAACAGACUGUCUUAUUUGUACUGUAACACAACUGGACAGCUUCGAUUCUACCAAUGUGUCUGUGUCGUAAUAAAAAGACGGUGUGUUACAUAUUGUUCGUACCCUAUGUUCUCGUGUACCUACCUUUUAGAUUGUGUUGUGAUAAUGCACCUGCUAGCUAUUCAAUUGGCUCCACUAUAUAACAUUUGUAUUUUAGUAUAAUAUCACUUUUCGUAAUUACGAUUUGUACAAUACUCAGUGAGAUGUUAUAGUGCAAUAUAGAUGUACUGUUUUAUAAAAGUUUUUCAUUUUAUAACAAUCCUAUUUAAGUACUACUCCUAUAAA